GAGAACAGCGGCCGGACACGUGAAGUGGCUUCGCACGCAGGCGUCCCGUCGACGUCCAACCCUUGGCGACAGUACGCGUCCUGAGCAGAGACCCAACGCGCCGUCUGCGUCCUGCCGGCGCCCUCCAUCGUCGCCACGCACAAGGAAGACGUCAACACCCGGCUGCAGUUUCGUGACUCUUCACGCGCCUGUGAGCAGUCGUCCUGUUCCAGAGUACAUGACCGGCACUGUGCGGAACCGAGGUCAUGGCUUCUGCCACAGCAGCUGUGCCCGGCGCAGGUGCGGCCCCUCCCGCGCUGUCGUCCGCUGCGGGCUCCGCGCGCAGUCGGUCCGCACAGGCUCUUCAGCAGCGGGCGGCGUCCCAGGCGGGCGCCGCUGCGAUGCCGCCACCGAGCCCUGUGGCGACCGGCCGCGGCCACUGCGACGGCUCCGUCGGCCCGCCGACGGGGGGCGGCUCUGCGGAGGGCAGCCCGCCUCCGCCUCGCCGGCCACGACUCCACCCCGCACCGGUGCCGACAUCACCACCUCGACCCCAACUGGGUCAUCCAACGACGAGAUGCGAAUCGGGGAGAUGGAACGGUCCCUUCCUUCGCACUUUCAUCGGCGACCCGCACACGAAAAGCUUGGCCGGCCGACCCAGUUGGUCGCCAACCACUUCAGCAUCGAGAUCCCCGACGGCAACGUGGUUCACUACGACGUGGAGAUCCACUGCGGCACCUCAGCGGGGGCCAAGGUGCCCGAGCAGGGGUACCGCUGCCUCAGCACCAAGGUCAACCGCCUAGUAAUCGAGCUGCUCGUCGGGAAGUACCGACACGGCCUCUCCAACUGCAUCCCGGCUUUCGACGGCCGCAAGAACCUGUACACGCGACGCCAGCUCAACUUUUGCGAGCGGAUCUUCUCCGUUGCACUAAACGAGGACCAGAGGAUGCAGAAGUUCCUCGUCAAGGUCCAGCACGCGGCCGCUGUCAAGUUGGGCGCCCUGCACGCCGUCUACCAGAAUCGCGUCAAUAGCGCACCCCAGGUUGUGCUGCAGCUGGCGAUCGACAUCGUCGUGCGCCACGGACCGUCCAUGGAGCCGACGCCCGUCGGGCUCUCCUUGGGGGCAACGCCGCCGCACGAGCCGAACGGCGGCAGCUACGACGCGAGCGUGCGGCCGGCCUGGUCGAAGCCCGUGCUGAAUGCGGAUGUGUCGGCGACCGCCUUCUACGAGUCUCUUCCGCUGAUGCGCAAGAUCUUCGGCGAUAGCCGGCUCGAGAUGGCGCCCGCCGACUUCAAGACGCUUCGCGACUUCCACCACGCGCGGCUCAACAAGCGGCUGCGCGUGAAGGUCACGCACCUGCCGUGCCCGCGCAAGUACACGGUUGUGCGAGUCACCAAGGAGUCGGCCAAGGAGAUCUUCUUCGACGAGGAGGGGAAGAGAACUUCCGUGGCCGAGUACUUCGAGAAACGCUACAGCCGCCUCGCGUACCCGCACUUUCCCUGCGUGCAGAGCGGAAGCCUCGAGCACCCGGUCUACAUUCCGCUCGAGGUGCGCGAGCUCGUCGAGCACUGCCGCAAGAAGCUCGACGAGAACCACGCCGCCGAGAUGAUCGAGCGCACGGCCAAGCAGCCUGCCAAGCGCUUCCAGGAAAUCCGCCAGUCCGUGCGCGAUCUGGUGAACAGCACCAAGAAUUACCUGCGCGAAUUCGACAUCAAGAUCAGCACCGAUCCAACGCAGCUCAAGGGUCGAGUGCUCGAGCCUCCCUCGCUGGUGCUCGAGAACGACUCCCCCAGCGAGCCGCGCGAGGGCACGUGGGAUCUUCGUGGCCAGCACUUCUACAAGCCAGCCACCAUGGACCGCUGGACGUUGGUCAGCCUGAGCCGGUUCGCGCAGCGCGACCACCUCGACAACUUCAAGGUGCUCAUGCGCAUCGGCCUGGAACUAGGCAUGCGCAUCGACCAGCCGCUCGAGAUCUCUGCGCCCGACCACAACCGGCGAUCCAUUCGCUCCAUCCUCGGCGAGCAGCAGCACAAGCGCAGCAAGCUCCGGAUGGUCGUCGUCGUGAUCGCCAAGACGACAAGCUACGCCGAGAUCAAGCAGGUUGCCGAGACCGAGCUCGGGCUGUGCACUCAGUGCUCGCUGGACAACAGCGUAGUCAAGAAGCGCAACGCGGCGCUCGUGCAGAACCUGUGCCCGAAGGUCAACGCCAGGAUGGGCGGCACCAACAACAGCCUGCUGGCGCAAGAGAAGCCCGCGCUGUUCCAGAAGCCCGUGGUCACCAUCGGCGCCGACGUGUCUCACCCGUCGCCCGGCGACAAGAUCCGGCCCUCGAUCGCCGCCUGCGUCGGCAGACUCGACUCGAUACCGUCCAAGUUCCACGCCGCCGUCCGCAUCCAGAUGGAGCAUGCCGAUGCCAAGGCGCGAGUCGAGAUCAUCAAGGAUCUCAAGGAGAUGAUGGAUAUGCUCAAGGCCUUCUUCGGCGCCACGAAGCACAAGCCAGAGCGCAUCAUCUUCUACCGCGACGGCGUCAGCGAGGGACAGUUCCUCGAAGUCCGAAACCGCGAGGUGAGCGCCAUCCGGCUGGCGCGCAAGGAGCUGUCGCCCAACGAGUCGUACGAACCGGCGCGCGCCUUCGUCGUGGUGCGCCACCGCUUCGUGCCGACCACGGUCGCGCAUCCGCCGGACUUGUUCCUCGACAGCCACUCCGUCGUCCAGGGUACCAGCCGCCCGACGAACUACUACAUCGUCUGGGACGACUCUAACUUCACGGCGGACGAGCUGCAGAAGCUGAGCUGCUACCUCCGCCACACGUACGCCCGGUGCGCUCGCAGUGUCAGCAUCCCUGCACCCGUGUGCUGCGCGCACCUGGCCGCGUUACGGGCCAAGAACCACGUCCCGAGCGAGUCGGACGUAUCCGGCUCCAGUAGCGACUCUUCCGGCGGCAGCGGGGACAACGUUGCCACCAGCCAGUACGUCGAGGCCGCCCGGGUGCUGGACGCGCUCCAGACCUCGAUGUACUUUGUCUGAGCUGCCGCCCUGUAAUCUGUUUUCCCAGGUGAAAUUCUCUCCUGGCUUCUGUUCGCAAGGUUGCGGACGUAAAACGUCGUUGUUUCUUCAUUUUUGCAUUUUUUUCUAUAGCAGUAAUGUAAGAUGCAAUAAAAUUUUCCCAAAAGCAAAA